AUGCGACCCCCAAGGUCCGCCUGGCUCAGCCCGGCUCUCCUGGCUGUGACUUGCUAUGGCGUGCCCUACAACGAAUACAUCCUCGCUCCGACAUCACGACACCUCACCCCCCCCCCCCCUGAAGUCCUCCAAGUCAAUGGCUCUGUUACUAGCUCCUCCGCCCUGAUCAGCCCUAGCAGCGGAAACACCACGUUCGAUGGGCCCGCCUCAGUGACUUUCGACUUCGGCCGCAACAUAGCUGGCAUUGUGUCUCUGGGCAUUGGCUCUUCAUCCACAUGCGAUGCCUUCAUUGGCGUGACAUUCACGGAGCCAAGCUUAUGGACUAGUAGUCAGGCUUGUGAAGCCACUGCUGAUUCGGGACUGACUCUCCACUAUGUUUCCCUGUUGGCCGAGGACCUGGCACAUACACGGCCGAGAAGAAGCAUACUCGUCGUGCAUUCCGAUACUUGA